AUCACCGGAUGUUGAUUUUUAAUGGCGGUCAGUGAUCAAUGAACGCUGCAGUAAUGUCACUAAAAUUUAAACGACCAUCUUCUGCAAGGCGGCACAUAAAACUUGAAACAUUUUCAUCGUUUGUCAGUGGAGCAAGGUUAAGAAGAGUUCAAGAGUUACUAAAAUCGGAGGAAAUCGACAACAAGCCAGAUGCCAUUCUUUGCAUUGCAGGAAUAGACAGUCGAUAUCAUGAAGGCAGCACAGAGCUCAUUGAUUAUCUAUUGUUUGGAUUUUUUGAAAGAAGAAAAGCAGAACUUGAACAGUCAGGAUUUGAAGAGGAAGUUAUCGAUGAUCUGAUAGUGUUAAUCAGAAAACACGAGGUAGAUGUUUACUGUAACCCUGUCAAUUACCACUACCUCUUACCAUAUGUGGCUCAUUGGAGAAACUUACGAUUUCACUGUUUAUCAGAUGCAGAGUAUGAAGAUGAGGAGGCAGCAGAGGAAUACAAGAUUCAGUCCUUCAUUGCCAUGGUACAGGGUGUAAGAAAAGUUGCCAUUCCUCACAAUGUGAUAGGUCUAUCUGCUAAAUUUGAUCACAUGCUGAUUGAAAAAUGGCCAAUCAUUCAAGCAUAUGCAUUAGAGGAUUAUAAAGGUGGAGGAUUUUUCACUUUGCAACAUGAGGUAGUAGACAUUGGACCGCAACUGUCUGAAGUUUACAGUCAGAUGGAUCCCUGUACACUGGAAGUACUACUGACAGAGCAAAUGACUCAGUUUGAAAGACAAUGGCAAACCCUGAUAGACAACCUUGACGUUAACAUAGCAACUGGUAUAGACAGAUUGACAGAAGAAAAAGUGUGUGAGCCACUGCAGAGUUACUACAAACAUGGAAAAGUGGGAUCUCAAGGAACAAAGACAAUGGAAAGACAGAGACAACCAUUUGUGUUAUGUGGAACGAACAGUCGACGCAAAGUGCUGGAUGAUGUCAGAAGCUGUAAAAUAUCGGUGAAUUCUGAAAUAUCUCAGUGUGGAAUCAGCAACGGACCUGCAAAGUUUAUGGUUUGCCAUGGAAUAUCUCCAAGAGGACCACUUUGUUGUACAAGAACCUAUUUCUUAAAUGAGGAGCCAAGCAUGCGUGGCGCUAGAGCCACUCUCCAGAGCAAAACAGAUGGAGGGACUCCUGCAGACACUGUGAUGGCAGUUGAGGACCAGGAUACAAAGAUGCUGGUAGAUAUGUACUCCAUCAUGGUUGACAGUGUGUUGGAGGGAAUUAAACAGUAUUCAAAGACACUCAGUGUUCACAAGACACGUGCCAUGGUGGUGGAUCAGAUCUGUGAGGGAUGCAGAACUUAUCCUGUACUGAACAAAUAUAUUCAAAGAAGGUCGGAUAUUGUGUUCACUUUGGAAGCAUAUGAUCAGGAUGGCAGGAAUCAGUCGGUAGAGGAAGGUAGUCGCAGUCUGAUGUUGAAGUCUGCCAGUAUUUGUCUGUAUGACGUACCCAGCACACUUAUUCCCAGCAAAACACUGGGCUCUCUGGUGUUCUCGGAAAUCUUUCAAGACUCGGUCAUCUCAGUGCAGAGAGAAGAUGGAACUCUAGAACUGAGUGGGGAAACUUUGGUUCUGACGUCCUUUAUACCGAGGUACAAGAACUGGCCUCUUUGCAGCAAGAUGGAUCCCUCUAGUUCUCUACAUAGUCUUGAAAAGUAUGGCUGCCUUCUGUUACCCGGGGAAACAGUGAGAGUUUGUACGAACAGAAAUCUCACUCAGCCAGUAACUGCAGCCGAGCUGUAUGCCUAUGAGUCUGCCAUAGUCCUUGUCUUUCAGAGAGCCAUAACUUUGUCUUUGGAUAAGGAUAGCAUUAUGUCAAUGCAAAUGUUUGUUGGGGAAACUUCAGAGGCUUUGUCAGUACUUAUGGUUAAAGUCUCUCCGUCCAGCAGUAUCCCAGCAUUCCUCCAAUCUGAUGACGGCAUCAUCUAUAUCACAAUGGUCCCAAAGUCCAAGGCAAAAUUGUGUCUUUUCCAAGAAGUAUUACCCAAGUGGAAAUCACAAGACAGUUUGCCAGAAGUCAAUGCCACAGACAGUAUUCCACAAUCCUUCCAACAAAUUGCCGAGCAACUACAGCUUGAAUUUGACAACGAUCAUCGUCCAGCCUCACCCUAUCAUCACAUCAAAGGAAAAUUCUACAAUCUUGACAGAUUCAUGACUCAUUUAAGUGUUAGCAGUGUAACCUCUCACCCCACCACAUCAUUACCCAUCAUGCUUCAGGAGGCUGAGGAAGUGGAGACUGUUGCCCAGGAAGGUGGAGUCAUCAACGAAGCUUUCCAUGGGAUCACUGUGACGGUGUUAGGGGGGAUACCAGGAAGCCACAAAGACCAGUUGUGUGACACAUUGCUGUAUCUUACAGAGAGUCAGAUAAGAUGGACAGUAUUAAAACAGACAUUUGGAAAAACAAAGUCCCUUAUCAAUGGUGAAUUACAGGACACACUGUCUAAAAUGUGGAGUGCAAUGAGACGAAGACUCCGAUCAGCGGAGAUCAGUAACAGGCUGCUACUAAUCACCCCAGGGUAUACAAAUAUUAUAGAUGUAUUAUGUGCCAUUUUGAAUCAUCCCAAUCCAGAUGUUCAGCAGCAUGUACGCAUCGGUUCUGUGACCAUUUGCAUAGAUCCCUUCGUGUCAUUCAUUGAACAUAGAUUAACAUUUCCCAACUUACUGGACCAAUGUGCUCAAGGCUUUGUGAAUAACAUUCUGAUUACGUCUGCUACCUCCAUACAACAGAACUCUAGUCUGGAGGUAAUUCAGACCUUGUUACGCAGUGUGAAUUCUGAUGUUGCUUUUUUCCUGGCUGAGAAGGGAAACGUGAAGAGGAGCAUGGAUGUUGAUGCCAUUUUGUCUGAGACAGCAUUCAUGGAGAACAAGAAAGUGAGAGCCAGAGAGAUGCUUAGUCCAGGAUGGUCUCAGGGACUGAACAGGACACCUCUCUCAUUCACCAUACAGGACACAGAGUUGACAUUCUCACAACCUCUAGUGAGGAACUUGUUCAUCAACAAGCUCAGGGAACUGAGAGGCCUGUUGACCCAUUACCCUUUCUCGGGCAACAUCUUUAUGGUACAGGGACAAGUAUCUUUUACUGACUCAGAAGAUUUGAUGGAUGUCCUAUAUAUAGUAAAAUCUGAUCAACUGACAGUGACCAAACACGCAGAUAACUCUGUCGCUAAUGGUGAUGGCCUGCAUCUCUCUAGAAACAAGUUCUGUCUGGUUGUCAGUGGACACAAGUUACAGGUCACCCAGAUCAAGGACUGGCUUCGUUCUUGUGGGAGACAGAAACCAGAGAUGAAGAAACUCGUGACAAAAAAGGACCUCACCAAGGAUGAAAUUAAGAAGAUACAUAAACAGCAUCAUUUGGACACAUUGCCUGCUGGAUGGUUCUACAAUGGAACUCAGUUUGUCAGUUUUGAUGGAGAAAAGCAGGACCUUCAUCCAAGUUUGGAGACUUUUAUCCAGGAAUAUGUCGACAGCAUAAACAGGGAGAUAGAGGACCACAAUGAUAAAGUCAGGAAGAAUGCCGGCCAGUUUGUGGAUCUGUUUGCCUGAGAUUUGAAGGACUGUGGAUGUUGUGUUCAUUAUUGAUCAUAAGCCAAACAUUCCCAUAGUGCAUACGUCUGUGAUAGAUCUGAUGUGAUGGUGUGGCUGAAGACGGAGAUCUGAUGUGAUGGUGUGGCUGAAGACGGAGAUCUGAUGUGAUGUUUCUUCUUGUAUGAUUUUGACUCGGUUUGCUUCGGAGAUUUUGAAUGUUGUUCAUUGAUCUUUAAGUCUUGAGUGCUGUAUGUGAGAUUACAUGUUUAUAUGUUACACAAACGGUGUAAUCAGUGAUUUUUCAGAGUUUAUUUUUUGCCAUUGUAUUGCAUGCAUCUGUUGAUUAUUAUGUAUUUAUUAUGCUGUUGUUGUACUACAUCUAUCUAAUGCAUUGUGCUGUUAUGGAAAACCCACAAAAAUCAAUAAAGACAAAAACCCUUUUAAAAUAAUUCAGAGAACAACUUCACCAAAAAAAAAAACCUUUUAAAAUACAACCAAUAGUGGCACUGGUCUUUGCAUGGAAUGCCAUGAAUUUUCAUAUCCCAACAGACAAAUUUAGGGUGGGGUGUAUAUUGGUUUCACUCUAUCCAUCUGUUUGCCUGUACAUCCAUAGAUGUGUUUUGUUCAAAGAUUUUCACUUACUUGUGAAAAUGUUGUAAAUCUGUGCAUUUGCUAUUUCCAGAUUGACUUGUUCAAUUCUGAGAACGUUAUGGGUUGUGGAGCUUCAGAUUAGCAUAAAUUCGAUUAAAGAUAAUGUCUCUAAUUAUUUGAAGAUAUCAUCAAUUCAUUUGAUGCAUGCAACAAUUCAAUUAAAUAUUUCUUCAAAUAAUCAAUGAUAUCUUCCAUUCUAAAUUAUUGCAUGCAUUAGUUGAAUUGUUGAUAUAGCAUUAAUUAUUCUGCUGAAUUUAUGCACACAAUAUUAAAUUGAAUUGUUGUUUUCUUCAAAUGAAUUGAUGAUAUCAACAAUUGAAUUGAUGUGCACUAUAAUUCAAUUGAAGAGAGCAAAAUAAUUCAGUUAUUGUGUUCAUCAAUUCAAUUAAUGUGCAAAAUAAGUGAAUUAUUGCUCUCUUUAUAUCAUUAAUUGAUGCACACAAGUAUUUUAGAGAGAGCAAUUAUUUAAUUCAACAUAUAUCUGCAACUGAAGUAAUGAUUUGUGUAAUUGAAUUGUUGCUCUCUUUAAAAGAAUUGAUGCACAUAUUUUAUGUAAUUUGUUUUUUAAAAAAUAAUAAAUAAUUUAAUUAAGGUAUCUUUAAAUUAAUUAAAGAGAUCAUCAAAUCAUUUAUGCUAAUCUCUAAAUUAAUUUUUGCAAGCAAUACAAGUUCCACCACAUUGAUGCACGCAUCGAUUCAAUUGAUGAGAGCAAUGAUUGAGUCAUCGUUACUAGCCACGGUUACUGAGUCCAGUAGUACCUACCCUAUGUGUAAACAGAGACAAUAGGCACAGUUACCGAGUCCAGUAGUACCUACCCUACGGAGACAAUUGGCACAGUUACUGAGUCCAGUAGUACCUACCCUACGUGUAAACAGAGACAAUAGCCACAUUUACUGAGUCCAGUAGUACUUACCCUACGUGUAAUCAGAGACAAUAGGCACGGUUACUGAGUCCAGUAGUACCUACCCUACAUGUAAACAGAGACAAUAGGCACGGUUACUGAGUCCAGUAGUACCUACCCUACAUGUAAACAGAGACAAUAGGCACGGUUACUGAGUCCAGUAGUACCUACCCUACAUGUAAACAGAGACAAUAGGCACAGUUACUGAGUCCAGUAGUACCUACCCUACAUGUAAACAGAGACAAUAGGCACAGUUACUGAGUCCAGUAGUACUUACCCUACAUGUAAACAGAGACAAUAGGCACGGUUACUGAGUCCAGUAGUACCUACCCUACAUGUAAACAGAGACAAUAGGCGUGGCUUGCGAUGAUGUAAUUGAAUUGAUGCAUGCAUCAAAUCAAUUGUUCCUUUCAUCAGUUAAUGUACGUACUCAUCAUUCAAUAGAUGAGAGCUAUAAUUAGAUUGAUAUAUGAUCAAUUCAAUUGAUGAAAGCAAUGAUUGAUGCACACAUCAGUUAAAUCAUCAUGUCUCUCUUAUCGUACAUCCAUGAGACAAUAAAUUUGGGGGGGGUUGGGGUU